AUGGCGUCACGCAGCAAAAAGCGUUACCUUCACGAGGGCUGGAUUAGCAAGUGGACCAAUUUCAUCGGAAGCUGGCGCCCAAGAUAUUUCAUGCUAGAGCCCGGAUGCCUCAAGUAUUCGCUAGAGAAGGAUGGACUCGUCAAGGAAUCGUUCAUUUUAUCCCAAUGCACCAUGCGCCUCUGUGCCGACGAUCCGGUGCGUCUCGACAUAGACGUCGUGGGCCGGGGAGUGGUUUGCCUGCGCACCGACACACCGGCGGAAAAACAAAAGUGGUUUGUAGCCUUCAAGAAGGCCCAAAAAAUCCUGUUCCAAACCUACCAGAAAAAAGUCCUCACUCCCUCCGGCGUGUACAGCAUCGAAGGGCGGCCGGGAACGUACGGCAGUUCUGACGCAGCCGCCGACCAGGAGGAAAGCACAAUCCUCGAGAGCCCGCAGCGUUAUACCAGCGCCGAAUCGCCGGGGACGGUUGCCCGCAAGGCGUCCGAGGAGCAGUGCGUCAUAUCCCUCGAGGGGGACGACCUGGCGGAGGACGGCGGCCGCAAGUCCGUUGAUGUAUCGGAGCUGUUUGUAAAAACAAGGUUUGGGCAGGAGCCACAGACGUCGCUGAACUGUAUGCUCAGUAAUACGAGCUGUUUCGACGAGAUCACGACAAAGAUCCUUGCCGAACUGCGAGAAGUGCUCUCGGGCGACUCCCUGAAGAAGGUAGAGACACUGGGCCUAAUUGCCCGCGAGUACUACGUGAGUACGCAGCAGCUCUACCUGGAGGAGGUGCGCUCGCGUAAGGAGCUCGAGCAGUCGCUUUUCCGCGUUACCAGGCGGAACAUGAAAUUGGAGCAACAGGAGCUGAAGCGGUCGUCAGGGGUCGUUGAACGCAAGGGUCACCUGGCGGAGAUGCAUGUCAGCGAAAAGAGCCACACGGUGGAUUCGGAAGAUAGCGACAGCUCCGACAGCGCGUACUGUGGUCACGUGGAGGAUGAAUUCUUUGAGUGCGAAGACUUUGCACCACGCACCCAUAGCGAAUCGUUCGAAGAAGAGGGUGUAGUCAAUAACGACGUGCUGCCAUCAUCGGCACCGCGUCAGCAAUCGCCAGACGACGCCAUGAGUGACAGGAACGCCACCGUGGACGCCGCCACCCCGUCGGCCUCGGCCGGUGGGAAGGUACCGAAGGGUGCGGCAAUCAGCCGCCGCACCAGGCUCCCGAGACCGCGUACGGAGCUCAAGGUUAGCAUAUGGUCCAUCCUGAAGGACCUCAUUGGAAAGGACUUGGCGCGCAUCAGCAUGCCGAUAUGUCUCAACGAACCCACCUCAGCGUUGCAGCGUGACUGCGAGGCCUUCGAGUACAGUCACCUGCUCGACACCGCUGCACAGCAAGCCAAGGCCAUUGAUCGCAUGGCGUACGUGACGCUUUUCAGCAUCACGCCGUACGGGUCCGCGGUUGGACGCGCGUACAAACCCUUCAACCCGAUGCUCGGGGAGACCUUCGAGCUGACGCACCGCGGGUUCAAGUUUAUGGCAGAGCAGGUCGGGCACCACCCGCCCAUCUGCGCAUUCCACUGCCACAACGACAACUUCGAGGCCUACGGCAGCACCAACGCCUUGGUGAGGCUGACGGGCAAGUCGGUGGAGGUCAGCAUCAUCGGCCCCUUCCUGGUCAACCUGACGGUGGGAGGCGCGAAGGAGCAAUACUCGCUGCAGCGGUGUUACGUGGUGAUACACAACAUCAUUAUAGGAAAGAUAUGGAUCGAAACUGUGGGUACCGCUAUUUUGCGCAACAUAACCAGUGGCGAGUUUGCGGUGGUCCAGUACCUGCGCAAGGGCUGGUUCGACAAGGACUUCCACAAGGUGCGCGCGCUGGUGUUCGACCGCUACGCCACACCGCACUACCACAUAUCGGGCAAGUGGAGCGAGGUGGUCUACAUGGAGUCCUUGCGGCCGCGGGCUGGCCGGCGCCAUAAGCCGCUGCUGAAGCCUGAUGGACGCCUGGACUACGAUACUUCGUUCUACAAGAAUGAGGAGGACGCCUGGGACGCCUUUGUCAACGAAAUUGACUGGGAAAAGCUCGACAUCAUCCCCGGGACCCGGAAGCAAGUCUGGAGGCCACAUCCGAGGCCGCCGUGCCAUGAGAAUUACUACGGCUUCGGGUACAUGACCAUGGAGCUCAACGAGCUCUCUCCGGACUAUGACCCGAAGCGCGGCGUUUCUAUUCCGCCGACCGACUCGCGGUUCCGCCCGGACAUGCGGGCGUACGAGGCCGGUGACAUGGACUGGGCGGUGCAGGAGAAGCAGCGCCUGGAGGACCGUCAGCGCGAGGCCGCGAAAAAGCGGAUCGACGGCGAGCGCUCCUACAAGCCGCAGUGGUUCAACAAGAAGCUCGACCCGCAGACGCGCGCCGCCAGCUGGGAGUUCACCGGCGAGUACUGGCGCCGGAAGGCGGAAGGCACGGUCGCGGAGGGCGUACCUGAUAUUUUCGCGCGGUGA